UUCUGAGGUUGUUAAAGUGGUGUAUAAUAGUCCCUCUUUUCUUUUGUGCUAUAAGAAUUUUCACAAAAUUUGGAGAUGGAGAGUGCAGCAGCAGCAGCAGCAGUUAGGAAAACGCUGAAAGGCAGCUUAUCUUUCUCCUCAAGUCUCAGACCGGAAGAAGGCGGCAUGAUGAUUGGCGAACAAGAAGGCAGCACAGUGGAUGAGAUAAGCAUUUUUGAUGCCCACAACUACUUCAAUGAAUCCAGUAGUAGAGUAAGCUGCAAUAUUAAUGUGAAUGUUGUGAAUCUGAAACGUAAUUCGGAGCGAUUGGAUCCGACCAGAUUCUCUUGGGUGGAUAACGGGUAUACUAAUGUUAGAAACUACAGAGCAACUCCAACGGCUUCAUCAGAAGCUAGUUGGAACAGCCGGAGUGGUCUCUUGUCGAAUCCUCCGGGCGCAAUCCCGCUCUCCGUGCACAAGGGUGAGAAGAAAAUGAAAGGGAGCGGAAGAUGGCUUUUCGGGAGAAAAUGCCCCUGCUCAGGCAGAAAGUCCGUCCGAGUAGCAGAACCCAAAAGGCAGUCGGAGUCGGUGGUGGAAAAAGUCGAUGAUUCGGGGAAAGCAGUGAUCAGUUACAAAAGUCUUUUACCUGCUGAUCAUCACAGUACUACUACUACUGCCUUCUCCUUUCCCAUACUAAAUCCAUCGUCGUCCUCGUCAACAUCGUCUCCAUUAAAAGUGCUGCAGGUUCUGAAAGGAGGAGGGGUUAGCAUUCGCAAUAUUGAAGAAUCAGAUCCAGCCCGCCAUUCUUUGGAAGUGUUCCGGCCCUCCUCACACGUACACGAAGCUGUCUCUAAUAUUCCCAAAUCAAGAAUGGUGGACGAUAAUGAUGAAGUGGCAAGCAACGCCAGCUCGGACCUGUUUGAGAUAGAGAGCUUCUCAACUCAGACUAGUUCGUAUCCGACAACAUACGGUGGCAGAGAAUAUUCAGUGGACAGCUGUGAUACAAGAUUAGGAGGAGUAUCGCCAAUGACAUUGACACCGACGUCCAGUACUAGUAAUCAUCAUAUCUACGAGCCAAGCGAGUGUAGCAUCGAUUGGAGUGUGACAACGGCCGAUGACGACCCAAAUCCAAUGGUUAUGCAGGGGCCGGAAAAGAGCAAACGGAGACCAUCAUCAUCAUCAUCGCCAUUAUCAGGGAAUGGGUUGUUGUCAAGCUGUCGAUGCGAGAAGGCUGUGAGCGUGGGGCCGAACCCAAAGAAAUGGGGGUCUGAGGAAUACAAGCCCACAUUGAGGCAUGUGGGCAGUAGGCCACCCAUACCGUAUAAGCCACCCUCUCACUCCCAAUCACCUCGAGCUCGACUGUCUCUUCCUUUUGCGACAUAGAGACAUGGAGAUUGGAGAGCACCUCAAUUAUCGCUUUUUUAUAUGCCGCCCGCCAUAUCCAUUUCUCUCUGCUUUGUUUCUUUCCUAAAUAAAUAA